CUCAGGAAAUUUUCGUUGGAUUCUGUUCAGUGGAUUUAAAGUGAAUCUUAGUUGAAAAAUAGGAAGUGAAAAAGUAGGUCAUGACCUUUCAAGAUGGCGACUGUUGGAUUGGAAAUAUUAUUUUCGUCAGUAAAAACUCAAAUUUCAUCUUGUCAAGAUGCCCUAGUAUGCUGCUUACAUUGGAAUUUGAUAGUCAAUGGUUUCAAGAACAUCGGAUCUGGCGAUCAAGCACCUAGAAAGGGAGUGUCAGUGAAAAAAAGUGAGCUAUUACCUGCCAAUUGGAGUGAGAGUCAAGAUGUCUACUCCUUGCUAUACCAACCAUCCACUGGGAAUGACACACAUAUUUUGAAAGUGGUCCGAAUGGAUAAUACAUUACUUGUGCACUUAAUGAGAACCUCAGAUGAGUCUGUAUCGAGUAUUACCCUCAAUGUAGAUGAUUAUACAACAGACGAUUUGUCAACAUUUGAAAGUGUAUAUAAAGACAUCUCUAAGUUAGAAAGGCUCUUCAAGAAAGAGUUGAUUGAUACCCUCUCCCCCCAAGAGCCACAGGGAAGCCAGGCAUCUAAUGCCCAGGCAGACAGGUCUCACCCCAGGAGAGAGGAGGACCCCCUUAGAGUACCCCCAAGGCAUGGUGACAGACAACCCCCAGAUUGGGGUGAGCCUUCAAACCCAUUCAGUAUAGGGCGGGGAGACCUGGACCCCCUGGCUGGGGGUAGAGGGGGUGGUAUGCUGAUGGACCCCUCUAGGGGAGGGUUUCCCCUUGGAGGAGGCAUGAACCCUGAUAUAGGUCUCCCUGGACCUGCAAGGUUACCCAGAGGUGCAGUACCCCCUGGGGCAAGAUUUGACCCUUUUGGCCCCCCACCCCCAGAUCUAGUCCCAUCAGGGGAACCUCGUGGGGGACACAGAGUAGGGCCUGAUAAUGACCACCUGCCGCCUCCUGGUUACGAUGAUAUGUUUAUGUGAUCUAAAAUAUGCACCAGCUGACCAUUAAGGGACUAAUACUAUGAGGACUUUCCUAUCCAAUGUGAUCCAGAAUCUCUAUUAUAACUCUAAUGAACAUGUAAUUGUUUAUGUUUCCAAUUAGACUCCUUCAUUUUGAUAGUAAAAGAAGAAUGGUUGAAAUAUUCCUAUUCCAUAUUCUAGAAUAAAAUGUUAUCAAAAAAAACAUUGAUAAAUUAUAAAUUAUAAAAUAUUUUGAAAUGUUGCCGUUUUAUCAGAGUUUUAUCUGACGAAAAUGCUCAAAAGAAAAAAGAUUUGUAUUAACUUGAGCCUAUGCUUGUAGAAUAAGAAUACAAAGAGUACACUAAUACUUAUUGCGUUGCAGAAAUACCUUGUAUAAAAUACAUAUUUUUAGUUUGUCACGUCUCCAAGUUACUUUUAAGCACUAAAAGUAGAGAAGUUCUGUUAUAUUUUCAUAUUUAAAAUAUGUAUAUAUUUUGUGCAAUAAAGAAAUUCAGUAAAACUAAGUAAAUAUUUUUGAAAAGCCCGUUAUAUUGUUAUCCCAAUAUCACUGCUUCCCCAUCCAGUUACUUCAACAUACUGCAAAGAAACAACAUGAUGUCCUUCUGGUUUCUUGAUUCACACUUUACAAAUAGGUCAAACUAGAAAACAGCAACUCCUCAGAGUAAUAAAAUGUAUUUUAUCAAAUUACCUUUCAUUUUGAACACAAUAUGAUAGAAAUG